GUAACCGCCGAAGAUGUUGAUCCAGAAAUGACUCUCAACGCUUAUCUUAGGAAAAAAGUUUUUCUCACGGGAACGAAAAGGAUGUGUUUGGAAGGAGGUUGCGGGUCGUGUCUAGUUGCAGUUGAAGAAGUCGGAAGUAAAGAAAAAAAUAUAUUCGUCAUCAAUUCAUGUCUUGUCUCCAUCCUGUCCUGCCAUGGCUGGAAAAUCCAUACGAAUGAAGGAAUCGGAAAUCCAUUGAUAGGUUUACACCCCUUACAAAAACUGCUGGCAGAUAAUAAUGGAAGCCAGUGCGGAUUUUGUUCAUCUGGUAUGGUCAUGAAUAUUUUCGCUUUGACUGAAUCAGGACCUAAAACGAAGGAGGAAAUUGAAAAUUCAUUCGGAGGAAAUAUAUGCCGCUGUACAGGUUAUAGACCUAUACUAACUGCUUUCAAAAAACUUGCAAGUGAAAUUGAUGCAGUUGACGAUAUUGAGGACGUACAACCAUGCCAACGGAAAGGAUGCUCUCAAACAUGCAAUACAGUUUGUACGAAAGAAAAAUUGGAAAAUUUCUACAUUGAGCUCAAAGAGUCGAGAUGGCUGAAGGUUCAUAAUCUGAAAAACCUACUUCAAAUUCUAAGAAUAUCGCAAACCACAAAUUAUAAAUUAGUUGCUGGUAACACGGCAAGAGGUGUUUACAAACAUGAUGGCCUUCCAAACAUCUACAUUGACGUAACUAGUGUAUUGGAACUAAUUACUUAUUCCGUGGAUGAUGACACUUUAACACUUGGAGGGAAUCUUUCAUUAACAAAAACAAUGAAAAUUUUUAAACAAAUUUCAAGUCAGAUGAAACAAUUUUCAUAUUUAUCGGUAUUGAGGGAUCACAUCGAUUUGAUAGCAAGUGUUCCAGUAAGAAAUAUCGGAACCUUGGCAGGAAAUUUGAUGAUCAAGCAUAAACACAAUGAAUUUCCAUCUGAUGUGUUUUUAUUAUUGGAAACUUUCAAUGCUACGCUGGUAAUAGUUGAUGUCGAUAAUAAUGAGAUAUUAACCACACCAGAAGACUUCAUCAAAAUGGACAUGAAUAAAAGAGUUAUCAAAAAUAUCGUUCUCAAUGCCUUACCAAAGAGAAAGAACUAUAAAUAUUUGACUUACAAGAUUAUGCCGAGAGCUCAAAAUUCUCAUGCUAUGGUAAAUGCUGGAUUUCUCUUAGAGUUGACUAACAACACAGUGAAAUCGGCGCGCAUAGUCUAUGGAGGAAUCAAACCACAAUUUGUUCAUGCUAAGAAUACUGAAACCCUUAUUAUAGGACAAAAAUUGUUUGACAAUAAUUUACUGCGCAGGGCAUAUCAAUCACUUCAUCAAGAAAUCCAACCAGAUAAUGUCGUGGGAGAUCCUUCUCCAACCUAUAGAAAAAAUUUGGCAAUAUCUCUAUUCUAUAAGUUCAUAUUGAAUAUCGCCCCACAAAUUUCCAAUCGAAAUAGAAGCGGAGGUACUUUAAUUCAACGACCUCUUUCGACUGGAGUUCAGCAGUUUGGCACUCAGAAAAAUAAAUGGCCUCUCACAGAACCUGUAAUCAAAAUCGAAGCUCGAGCACAAACCUCAGGUCAAGCUCAAUAUAUUGAUGAUAUGCCCGAUCAUCCCAAUCAACUCUUUGCAGCCUUUGUAACAGCAGAAGCUCUUGCCGGUUCAAAAAUAGUUUCGAUUGAUGCUAGUAAAGCAUUGAGAAUGGACGGCGUAGUUGCCUUUUAUGAUAAAACCGCAAUUCCCGGUAACAACACCUACACACCCAAACUCAUGGGAGAGAUGUUAUGUCCUGUCCAAGAAGAACUGUUUUGUAGUGGAACGGUUCAGUACUAUCACCAGCCGGUUGGAAUAAUCGUUGCGAAUGACAACACUCUUGCUUGGAAAGCUGCAGAAUUAGUAAAUGUGAACUGUUCCCCACCAAAAACAAGGCCAUUCCUCGAUGUGAAAGACGUGGUGAAUAAUAAUAUCAUGAACAGAAUUUCACAUCAAACAACAUUUCUGCCGAAGAGUAAAGGGGACGAUGUUGAGAAAGUGAUCAAGGGAGAAUUUUACAUCGGAUCACAAUUUCACUUCCACAUGGAGCUUCAGUGUUGUAAUGUGAUACCUACUGAAGACGGCUUAGAUGUUUACCCUUCAACCCAAUGGAUGGAUCUCUGCCAGGCCGCCAUAAGUGAAGCUUUGAAUAUGCCAAUGAACAGGAUAAAUAUUCAAGUCCGACGUCUUGGUGGUGGUUUCGGGGCCAAAAUUUUAAAAAACUCCUUUGUUACAACAGCAGCGGCACUUGCAGCAGUCAAGCUCAAUGCACCAGUGAAGAUGUGGGUUCCUCUAGAAAGAAACAUGGAUAUUAUAGGAGGAAGAUUUCCCCUCUAUACCAAAUACGAGGUCGGCGUAGAUGAUAAAGGUGUUAUCCAAUACUUGAAAUCGGACUUGUAUUCUGACAUUGGAAUAGGAGGAAACGAAAAUGUAUUUCCGUUGAUUGUAUAUUUAUUUGAGAACUGUUAUGAUUCAGAUCGAUGGGAAUUCUCUACAUAUGCUGUCAGAACGGAUAAUGCCAGUCCCACUUGGACUAGAGCACCUGGCACCCUGGAAGGUUUGGCAGCUAUAGAAAGCAUUAUGGAACAUAUAGCCCGUGAACUCAAUUUGGACCCUACGGUUGUUAGAUUGGCAAAUCUGAACAAAUCAAAGUACCCAAAAAUAUUGGCAUACUGGAAUGAUAUGACAACAUGGGCUGAUAUCGAAACAAGAAAAAAAUCAGUACAGAGUUAUAAUGAAGCGGUUUCGUUAGCAUGCGACGAUAUUUUAGCAAAGAUGAAGCCUAUUAAAGACAAAAUGAAGAAGCCAACGUGGGCGGAAGUCGCCAACCAGUGUUUCGCAGAAAAUGUUUAUCUUACCUCUACUGGAUUUAUCGCUGACAAUUCUCCGGGAGUAAAAUCGUAUGAAAUUUUUGGACUAUGCGCUACUGAAGUAGAAGUAGAUAUUUUAACAGGACAAAACCAAAUACUACAAGUUGACAUCAUUGAAGAUCUAGGUGAAGCCGACAGUCCUCUUAUCGACAUGGGUCAAGUAGAGGGCGCCUUCGUUAUGGGAAUUGGGUACUAUACAACGGAACACCUUAUUCACAAUUCAGAUGGAAAACUCAUAACCGACCGUACUUGGAAUUACAAACCACCUGGAGCUAAGGAUAUCCCAAUAAAUUUCAGAAUCAAAUUUCCAGAACAUGAUCCCAAUAAAGUGGGCCUCCUCAAGUCCAAAGCUGUUGCCGAGCCCCCCAUGUGCCUUUCUGUGGCUGUUCCUCUAGCUAUUAGGGAUGCUUUGGUUUCUGCCAGGAAAGAUUCUGAUAAAAGCCAGCCAGCUUGGAUUCCGUUUGAUGGUCCUACAACGGUGGAAGCAACUUUUCUUCAGUCUUUGAACGAUUUCCAACAAUACACUUUAUAAUAGUAUGACUAAAUGUUUUAUGUGAACUUUGAAAUACAUAUGAACAUUUCUAGUAUAAGUUAGGCAUGAAACGGCUCAGAGGACUAAAGCAAAUAUUUUCUUAAGUGACUUAUAUUCCAUAAUUCAUUGAGAUGAAGUGAUGUAAGUGAAUAAAUAAACAAAUAUAAUGAAAUAUUCAA